GCCAGUUGCGCCCCAUUAGAAAUUAGAAUUGAAUGCAGAGCAAACGCGGUGUAUGAACCCUCUCCUUCUCCAAAUAGAUUUGUUUUCUCACGUCCACAACAUCCAGGGUUUCAUUCCUUGACUGCAGCUCAAUUUCAAUGGAGGUUCAAACUCAGAGCUUCUCAACAACCUUUGACCGCAUCCCACCCACCACUCCUCCCUUUUCCUACUCCUUAAACCAAAUGGGUCUGCCAUUCUCCCCCGCCCGGACUGAAAUGCCGGAUUCCUCCGCCGCGGAUUUCCACUCCUGCCAUCGGAAUGGAAUGCCCUCCACGUCUGACGUCGGCGGCGUUCUCCCUUCCUUCGCCGUGAACUCGUCUCUCGUCCACCAACUGACGGAGCCGACGGCUGCCUUGAAGCUGCAGAAGGUCUACAGGAGUUACCGCACUCGCCGGAGAUUGGCAGAUUCCGCCGUUGUGGCAGAGGAACUUUGGUGGAGGGCUAUAGACUAUGCGAGACUGAAUCACAGUACGAUUUCGUUCUUCAAUUUCUCGAAACCUGAAACUGCUUCUUCCCGAUGGAGCCGGAUUAUGUUGAAUGCUUCCAAGGUGGGUAAGGGAUUGUCCAAAGAUGGGAAAGCACAGAAGUUAGCAUUUCAGCAUUGGAUCGAAGCCAUUGAUCCACGCCAUCGCUAUGGUCAUAACUUGCACCUGUACUACGAAGAGUGGUGUAAAGGCGAUGCCGGUCAGCCAUUCUUUUAUUGGCUGGAUGUAGGAGACGGAAAGGAUUUAGAACUAAAGGAUUGCCCGAGAUCGAAACUUCGGCAGCAAUGUAUUGUGUAUCUUGGACCUCAAGAGAGGGAAAAUUAUGAAUACAUAAUUCUCCAAGGCAGAAUCAUCCACAAACAAUCUGGGAAUUUGUUGGACACAAACAAAGGCUCUCAAGGAGCAAAGUGGAUAUUUGUGAUGUGCACUGCCAAGAAACUUUAUGCUGGUCAAAAGAAAAAGGGAAUGUUCCAUCACUCUAGCUUCUUGGCUGGGGGCGCAACAUUAGCAGCGGGAAGGCUGGUGGUCGAGGAAGGAGUUCUCAAGUCUAUAUCAGCAUACAGCGGACAUUAUCGGCCAACCGACGUCAGUCUUGCCAGUUUUUUAACCUUCCUUCAUGUCAAUGGAGUAAAUCUCAAUCAAGUUCAGAUCUACAAGGCCAAUGAAGAUUCUGAAAGCUAUGGCCGUGAAGGUGGAGCCAGCUUUGAAUCUCCUAAAGCUGAAAUCUUUGAGGAAGAUGAGAAUGAUAUACCAUCAAGCAAAUUAGCCGAAGUUUCCAAAACCGAAACCAAAGCAGAAUACCAAAGGUCAUUAUCUGGGGGUCUGCCAAGUCCGAGAUCCGAGGUCCCUACGACUGCCAUAUUGCACCGGAUAAAUUCCAAGAAAACAGCAAAAUCAUAUCAAUUGGGGCAUCAACUCUCACUCAAAUGGACAACGGGUGCAGGUCCAAGAAUCGGUUGUGUAGCUGACUAUCCUGUGGAGCUAAGAGUUCAAGCGUUAGAGUUUGUUAACCUAUCUCCACAAGUUCCCUCAACACAAGGUUCAAAUGCUGCAUCAGCAGUUGUAAAUUGCACGUCUGAAUUCUGCAAUGGCGACCGGGAUUGUUCCUCUGGAAAGUAAAGUAAUAUUCCCCUGCUUUCUCUGUUUCAUGCUUGAUAUAUUAUGUCAUACAUGUACUAUGUAGAUAGAUAUCUCCCGUCCAUUCUCUUUUUUGUGAGUGCUGUUUUCUGAAUCAAGUCCUCUGGACAUUGUAAUAUGUAUCCAACCCUUCUGCUAUAUCAUAUCCUGAGAUCUAGUAAAUACAAAAACAUACUGAAAUCUCUGUUUAUGCAAACCUGUAGAAUCUUUGGAGCGUAA